UAGUGCAAACUGCAACUGCAACAUAAAUAAAACACAACCGGUGUGUUUAUUAUUUUAUUUUUUAAAACAAAAUUAUUUUUAAUAAUUAAAAAAUUUUAAAAACAUAACAAUAAAGUAUUUUAACAUUGACAUUAUUAUUUAUGAUUAAUUAUAAUUAGUUGUGUCAAUAAUAAUUGAGUAAUUAAAUUAAUAACAAACAAACAUAAAUUCUAACCUAAAAAAUGACAUCAAAACGUGGACCAAAAAUGGACAAUGUACCAGCAGAGGAGAGUGAUUUAUUAUCAAUAAAACCAUUGGGUGCUGGUCAGGAAGUUGGAAGAUCUUGUAUAAUGCUUGAAUUUAAAGGAAAACAAAUAAUGCUUGAUUGUGGUAUUCAUCCAGGUUUAUCAGGUAUGGAUGCAUUGCCAUACGUUGAUUUAAUUGAACCAGAUGAAAUUGAUUUAUUAUUAAUAUCACAUUUUCAUUUGGAUCAUUGUGGUGCAUUACCAUGGUUUUUACAAAAAACAAGUUUUAAAGGACGUUGUUUUAUGACACAUGCUACAAAAGCAAUUUAUCGUUGGCUUUUAUCUGAUUAUAUUAAAGUUAGUAAUAUUGCAACUGAACAAAUGUUAUAUACUGAAGCUGAUCUUGAAGCAAGUAUGGAUAAAAUUGAAACAAUAAAUUUUCAUGAAGAAAAAGAUGUAUUUGGUAUAAAAUUUUGGGCUUAUAAUGCUGGUCAUGUACUUGGUGCAGCAAUGUUUAUGAUUGAAAUUGCUGGUGUUAAAAUAUUAUAUACUGGUGAUUUUAGUAGACAAGAAGAUCGUCAUUUAAUGGCUGCUGAAAUACCAAAUGUACAUCCAGAUGUAUUGAUAACAGAAUCAACAUAUGGUACACAUAUACAUGAAAAACGUGAAGAUAGAGAAGGUAGAUUUACAAAUUUAGUACAUGAAAUUGUAAAUCGUGGUGGUAGAUGUCUUAUACCAGUAUUUGCCCUAGGUAGAGCACAAGAAUUACUAUUAAUACUUGAUGAAUACUGGUCAUUACAUCCAGAAUUACAUGAAAUACCAAUAUAUUAUGCAUCAUCACUUGCUAAAAAAUGUAUGGCUGUUUAUCAAACAUAUGUUAAUGCAAUGAAUGAUAAAAUACGUCGUCAAAUUGCAAUUAAUAAUCCAUUUGUAUUUAAACAUAUAUCAAAUUUAAAAGGUAUUGAUCAUUUUGAUGAUAUUGGUCCUUGUGUUGUUAUGGCAUCACCAGGUAUGAUGCAAAGUGGUUUAUCAAGAGAAUUAUUUGAAUCAUGGUGUACUGAUACUAAAAAUGGUGUUAUUAUUGCUGGUUAUUGUGUUGAGGGUACACUUGCUAAAACAGUUUUAUCUGAACCAGAAGAUAUUGCAACAAUGAGUGGACAAAGAUUACCAUUAAAAAUGUCUGUUGAUUAUAUAUCAUUUUCAGCACAUACAGAUUAUCAACAAACAUCGGAAUUUAUAAGAAUGUUAAAACCACCACAUGUUGUGCUGGUACAUGGUGAAGCUAAUGAAAUGGGAAGAUUAAAAGCAGCAUUACAACGUGAAUAUGAAGAUGAUCCAUCAACAACAAUGGAAAUACAUAAUCCAAGAAAUACUGUUGCUGUUGAAUUAUAUUUUCGUGGUGAAAAAACAGCUAAAGUUAUGGGUACACUUGCUAUUGAUACACCAAAACCAGGACAAGUUAUAUCUGGUGUUAUUGUUAAAAGAAAUUUUAAUUAUCAUAUGUUAGCACCAUCUGAUUUAUCAAAAUAUACUGAUAUGGGUAUUGCACAAGUUGUACAACGACAAAGUAUAUGUUUUAAUUCAUCAUGGUCUGUACUUAAACAUUUAUUACAACAAAUAUCUGGUACACUUGAUAUUAUUGAUGAUAAAAAAAUAAGAGUAUUUAAAAAUGUUGAUGUUACUAUUGAUGGUAAAAUUGUUACACUUGAAUGGAUUGCAACACCAGUUAAUGAUAUGUAUGCUGAUUCAAUUGUUGUUGCAUUAUUACAAUGUGAAAUGUUAGAAACACCACCAAAAAUAUUACCAGCACCAACUAAAAUGGAUCGUAUGCAUUUUAAAGAAUGUCUUAUUGAAAUGUUACAAGAAAUGUUUGGUGAAGAUUCAGUACCAAAAAUAUUUAAAGGUGAAAAAUUAUAUGUCACUGUUGAUGACAAAAAAGCACAUAUUGAUUUAACAAGUCUUGAGGUAUCAUGUCCAGAAGAUGAUACGUUCCAACAAAUUGUCAGAACUGCUGUAACAAAAUUACAUCAAUCACUUGCACCAACUAGUGAUUCAAUUUAAUUAUAUUGUAUUUUAACUUUUAUUAAGUUAAUUAAUAAAACAAACAAUUAUGAUGUUAAUCAUAUUUUAUUUAAAUAAAAUAUAUAUACAAUUUUUUAAAUAUAUAAAUUUAUUUUAAUUUCA